AUGUAUUUAAAGAUGCAUCUGCUUAGUAGGAGAGCAUACAGUGGCUUGCUUUUCAGUCAAGGUUCCAUGGCAACUUGCCUUAGAAGAGGCAAAAGUUUAAUCAAGCCCCGUCUAUGUAGAAAUAUCAGCCUCUCCUGUCAGAGAUAUACAGUUAUGGCAUCGUGGAUAAUAGAUAGAUAUGGGCGAAAUGAUGUGCUACGAUUUACAAAUAACAUGACGUUCCCUGUAAUACAUUUUCCAAAUGAAGUCAUUAUUAAAGUCCAUGCUGCAAGUUUAAACCCUAUAGAUGUUAAUAUGAGAAAUGGUUAUGGAGUAGCUGCUUUAAAUAUGAAACGUGAUCCACUGAAAUUGAAAAGCACCGGGAGUGAAUUUCCUCUAACACUUGGUCGAGAUGUAUCUGGUGUAAUUAUGGAAUGUGGGCUAAAUGUGUCCUAUUUCAAACCUGGAGAUGAGGUAUGGGCAGCAAUUCCUCCCUGGAAACAAGGCACUAUAUCAGAGUUUGUUGUAGCUAGUGGAAAUGAGAUCUCUCACAAGCCCAAGUGUCUCAGUCACAUGGAAGCUGCCUCCUUACCAUAUGUCGGUCUAACAGCAUGGUCUGCAGUGAACCAAAUUGGGGGACUGAACCAAGAUAAUUGCAGUGGGAAACGAAUAUUAAUUUUCGGCGCUUCAGGUGGAGUUGGUACCUUUGCUAUCCAGCUAAUGAAAGCUUGGGGUGGUCAUGUGACAGCAGUUUGUUCUCAGGAUGCCAGUACCCUGGUGAAAAAGCUUGGAGCAGAUGAUGUGAUUGAUUACAAAUCUGGAGAUGUAGCAGAGCAACUGAAAAUGUUACCAUUGUUUGAUUUCAUCCUAGAUAAUGUUGGUGGAUCCACUGAAAAAUGGUCUCUAGAUUUCCUCAAGAAAUGGUCAGGAGCCACAUAUGUUACUUUGGUAACACCCUUUCUACUGAAUGUGGACAGGCUUGGAGUAGCUGAUGGCAUGCUACAAACAGGAGUGACGAUUGGAACCAAAGCUGUAAAGCACCUCUGUAAAGGAAUCCAUUAUCGAUGGGCAUUUUUCACACCGAGCGGCCAAUCUUUGGAUGAGAUAGCAAAACUGGUUGAAUCAGGAAAGAUCCAUCCAGUUGUUGAGCAAGUCUUCUCUUUUUCUGAAGUUCCAAAGGCCUUUCUGAAGCUAGAAGGAGGACAUGCACGUGGGAAAACAGUGAUCAAUGUAAUUAAUAAAAAAUAA